AUGUUAUCAAAAGAGGCAAAAAAACCCGAGAAAAAGAGAGGGUUGGAGCCGUCUAAAAACGAGAAAUUUAUGAGUUGGGAAGAGGAGCAUUUAAUUGAGGAGAGGUGGGAGAGGGGGAAAGGCGAAGGCACUGGUAGUAUAGUGAAGAAAGCGAUAUCGGUGCUCGUGGAGAACGGCGUCCUUGAGCAAAACAUCUUUAUAUUAACACUGUUCACGACACCUGCAAGUCUGGAAGAAAUUGUCGGCAACUUCCCGAAGGUUUCAAUCCUUACAAGUAGUUACAGCCCAUUAGUCCCAUAUCACUUUGCCACAAAAUACUUUGGUACCGACUAA